AUGGCAGGUCUUACUCUCUUCUUCUCUUUUCUCUCCCUGUCUCUCAUCAUUUCUGGUGCACGCUCCCGUGUCCUAAGUCCACUCCCUCUAAACAACUCGAUCUUGAUCUCUGAUGGCGUCCAUGACGUCUCGGAUUACAAGUUUCUCACUCUCGACCCUACUAAGACCUUGUCAGGGACCGAGUGUGAACAUGUCUAUGGUUUUCUUCCAUGUGCUAAUAAUGUUGGAGGUUAUGUCUUCCAAGUACUCACAUUUGGGUGUCUCUUGAUCGUUGGUGACUAUUUCUUGUCCGUAGGAAGGUCACAACUCUUUUUAAUUUUUGAUGUUGGAUUCUAUGGCGGAAUCAUCUUCCCUCUUCUUACAAUGUUCCCAAGAAUUGUGCUUAUGCUCGCGAAUGGACUAUCAUUGGGAAGCGAUGUUGCUAACUCCUUCGUUGAUAACAACGUUGGAGUUACUGCGGGAUACACUGUGUUUGCUCUCACAAUUCAGUGGGGAGCUUGUGUUGUGUUUCGUAUCACUGGCCCGAGUUUGGAAAAUGAAGAAAGAAAAACAAUCACAGUAAACUUUUCUUUGAAUCUGGAAUCUAUUAAGUUUGUGUUUAACUUUCUAUGUGCAGAAGCAAGAGUAGACGUGGGUACCAAGAACAAGAAAACUGUAGGGGUUAUGUUGUUGAGUCUAGCUCCUUUUCUCAUGGUGACACUUUCAGCAUUAUGUGAUUCAAAUUAUUGGAGGCACAUCAUUAUAUUAAUAACAUUAAUAAUAUCUUCUUCUUCAACCAUUGCCUACUUUGUUUACUCGUAUCAAACUAACCAAAAGGAGAGUUUAGAUCACGCGAGGUUUGAGAUCAUGUCAGAAGUUCAUAAGCUAUUAAAGAGGUUUUCACCAAAAAACUUUAUUGAAAAUGGAGAGAUUAGCAAGGAGAGCAUAAAAAGUUUGUUUGAGAUAACUGAUACGAAUGGAGAUGGGAAGAUACAAAUAUCUGAGCUGAAAGACUUUAACAUAGAGUUUUGGAACUUUGGGGUAAUGAAAUGCGAAUUAGACAAGCAUGCUAGAGAUUUUCUUCAAAAAUUCGAUGAAAACAAUGACGGUGAAUUAGACGAGGAGGAAUUUGAGAAAGGGAUCAAGGAUAUGCUCAAAAAAGGCGAAUUCAAAUUCGAUAGCGUAGAUGAUGAAAAAGAGGCUCACAGUGAGGAGAAGGGAACUCUAAAAAUGGAAACACCGCCGCAAUCGCUUGUUACUAAAUUUUUCUCUCUGGAAACGUUAGAAGCUGCGAUGAAAGUCAUCAUAGGGAUCUUAAUUGUCGUUUUUCUUGCAAAGCCAUUUAUGAUGAACAUCGAGCUCUUAUCGGGCACAGCUGGAGUUCCCUCCUUUUACAUCGUCUUCGUAAUGAUCCCUUUGGCUAGAAACUUAAAGAACACUCUAUCAGCACGCUUCUGUCGUCCGAAAGACAAGGAAAAAGUCUCAUUACAUACCUUCUCUGAGAUAUACAAAGAUAUUACAAUGAAUAACCUCAUGGGAAUGUCAAUCAUAUUGGCUGUUAUAUACGCGAGAGGCUUGACAUGGAAUUGCUCGGUAGAAGCUCUUAUUCUUGUGAUUGUUGGCCUCGCAAUUGGCUUACCGGCUUAUAUGAGAUCGACUUAUCCGUUCUGGAUCUGUUUAUUUGCCUUUGCUAUGUAUAUCUGCUCUCUUGUCCUUGUCUAUCUCCGUUAUCAAUUUCUAGACUAG